AUGGUCGUGGACGCGGGGCUAAUAACGUCCAGUGGGGACAUUAUGGUGGCCAUCAAGGGUGUGGGAACCAUCAUGGAAAAGGUGGUUCUGCCCAACGGUGAAGAGCGCAAGAUCGAGAUCAAGAACACACUAUGUGUUCCAAGUAUGAGCAAGAACCUGCUUUCGGUGCCACAGAUCACAGGCAUGGCAAGUUCCAAGUCGUGA